AUGUCGCACCAGACUGGUAUCCAUGCAACUCCAGACUUAAGAGAGUUCCUCGUGAAGGCGAGAAGGGGAGCUGUCAGAGGGGUGAAGGUUGUUAUAAGGAGCGAGCAGCUGGUGUUGGGAGCGUACAGAGAGGUGUCUCAGAGCUGGGAUCAGGACUAUGAUGCAUAUGUCCUGCCCAUGCUGGACGGUCUAGAACCCUGUUAUAUCCUUUACCGCCUCGAUUCACAGAACCAACUGGGAUAUGAGUGGCUGUUUAUCUCCUGGUCACCAGACCAGUCACCAGUGAGGUUAAAGAUGGUGUACGCUGCUACCCGAGCCACACUGAAGAAAGAGUUCGGAGGAAGUCACCUCAAAGAUGAACUGUUUGGAACAAUCCAAGAAGACGUCUGUUUCCAAGGUUAUCUACGUCACCUGUCUUCCUCUUCCACCCCGGCCCCUCUCACUACUGCUGAGCAACAGCUCCAUCAGAUUAAAAUAACAGAGGACAAAGUGGCACGGGAUGAGCGAAGACGGAUUGCCACUGUAAGUGGACAAGCAAAGACAGAGAUCAGCGUGGAGAGUAAAAAUCCAACUUUGCAGGGUUUGGCGUUCCCAUUGCAAGAAGAGGCUAAACAUGCUUUACAGCAACUUAAACACAAACGCAUCGACUACAUUCAACUAAGGCUGGACACCGAGCGAGAGACAAUUGAGCUGGUCCAAACUAGUCCUACAGAGACCAAAGAGCUGCCAAGCAGAAUCCCAACUGAUGCCCCACGAUACCACUUUUUCCUGUACAAACACGCCCAUCAAGGACAGGCACUGGAAGCUGUAGUUUUCAUCUACUCCAUGCCUGGGUAUAGUUGUAGCAUCAAAGAAAGGAUGCUGUACUCCAGCUGUAAGAAUCGACUGCUGGAUGAGGUAGAGAGAGACUAUCACAUAGAGAUCGCCAAAAAGGUACACUAA